AUGGAGGAAAAGGGUUCAAUCACUGACUGGAGCUUGGUCAAUGGGCAUGGAUACAUGUUGAAUCGCAACCGCAAACACGCUGCUGCCAGUCGUCUCAAUCUCCAAUUUUACCUUUGGAGAGAUGCUCUGAAAUUCAACAUUCAUCCUUCGAUUUUACCUUUGCUUCCCAAAACCGCCGCCAUCGCCGAUGUGGCCUCGGGGAGCGGCAUAUGGCUCAUCGAUGUCUCGCGACAGCUCCCGGAAUCCCAAUUAGACGGCUUGGACUACGACCUCGAUCAGGCUCCCUCUAAGGAAUGGCUGCCACCCAACGUCAAGACGCGAUACCUGAACAUCUUCGAGGACAUCCCAGCCGAUCUCGUUGGGAAAUACGACUAUGUCCACACCAGACUACUGGUUCUUGUCGUGGAAUCGAAGAAUCCUCGUCCCAUCAUUCGGAAUCUCCACAGGCUGCUGAAGCCGGGAGGAUAUCUGCAGUGGGACGAAAUCGAUACCGUCAACAUGUCCGUCAAGAAAGUGGAUCCGAACCCGCAAGCGCCAGCCUUGGAGCAACUUCGAGACUGGUCGAGGGCAGAAGGCCGGCACGAGUGGACUGUUAGACUUCCCCAAUUCUUCAUUGAAGAGGGUUUCCACGACGCGACGAUUGACUUCUUCGGAGAUCGUCCCGAGUUGGCCAGAGCUUUCAACGACCAGCAUCUUCUCACGGUGGAGGAGUUUGCCGAGGGCUUGGCGAAGCUCGGGAAACCAGAGGCGGCCUCCAAUUACUUUGGGCUCGUUGAAAAAGCGUACAACGAGUCCGUAGCUGGAGCUGCUCUAUGCGUCCCAAGAAUUGUAUGCGUUGCACGGAAGCCACUUUGA